CGGUGAGAAUCCUGGAAAAAGCAAAAACAAACUAAGAAAGCAAAAGCUUGAGUUUGAAGCUUCAAAGUUGAUAAAAGACAGGUCUGACUUGUGUCGAUCAUGUAUAUAUGUCAAGAUCCUCAUCGAACAAUGCCCAUGUUCUUACCCCAUACCCUCUCCAUUGACCUCUCCAUCUCCCAUGCAAAUAUAAAAAGACUGCAAUUAUAACCUGAAAAAGCCCCAGCCGCUCCACUCUCUUCUUCUCCUACCUUCAAACCCUAAACCAAUAUAUAUUAACCUUCCAAAGCCCCAAAAAGCAAAGAAAACCAAACAAACUCAGCAAAAGAGACUUUUUUUUCUUUUGGGUGCUCUGAAAGCUAUGAGAGUCCCGGUUACUUCUCCACAAAACAACCAUUGUCAGAGCCCAAAACAUAACAACAACAACAGCAGCAGCACAACAGCCAGGAACAUCAGUUUUCUUAACAGUGUUCCAGCAGCCUCAUGCUAUGAGCCAACUUCAGUUCUUGAUCUUCGUCGAAGCCCAAGUCCGGUGCCCGAAAAGCCGGUUUCGAAUCCUGCCGAUGUUUCGAAUUGUAUCUCAGUAUCGGAUCCUCAUCAUCUGGCGCCUCUUGAGUGGGACGAGCAUGAGCUACGGAACAUGGAUUGGGAUUCCAUAAUCAAAGAUUUGGGAUUAGAUGACGAAUCUGUGCCUGCUAGCAAAACUAUUAAUCCUCAAGUUCUUAGUCCUUGCGAGAAUCACAUCCAAAAGCUCCCUGAGUUCACAUCAUGCGAGUUGACUAAUCACCCGGUCCAUUCUGAUUUUAACAAUCUUUACGAUUUUUAUUCGGUUCUAUAUCAAAACCCAUCUCAUCAAAAUUUCAACACCACUACUGCUACUAAUAAUUACCUUGAUAUUUCUAAUAGUUGUAAUUUUCAUAAUAUUGGCAACUUCAACUUGGGCUUUGAUUUUUUGGAAGAGCUGAUAAAAGCAGCGGACUGUUUCGACAUCCACGAUUUGCAACUCGCGCAGGUGACAUUAGCGCGGCUCAAUCAGCGGCUCCCAUCUCCUUCUGGCAGGCCGUUACAAAGAGCCGCUUUCUACUUCAAAGAAGCUCUCCAGUCGCUACUCACUGGGUCAACUCGGUCUACUCGUUUGUCUUCAUGGAGUGAAAUUGUUCAAACCAUCAAAGCUUACAAGGCUUUCUCUGGGAUCAACCCUAUCCCCAUGUUCAAUCACUUCACAACCAAUCAAGCUCUCCUGGAAGCACUGGAUGGACCAGCACCAUUGAUUCACAUCAUCGAUUUUGAUAUCGGAUUGGGAGGUCAGUACGCUUCUUUGAUGAGAGAAAUGGCUGAAAAAAAGGAUCAUUCUUGCAAAUUCAUUCGAAUAACUGCGGUGGUUCCAGAAGAGUAUGCCAUUGAGACAAGGCUCAUUAAAGACAACCUUUUCCAGUUCGCUCAAGACCUUAAAUUAAGGUUCCAGAUUGAGUUUGUUCCGCUUCGAACUUUUGAAAUGUUGUCUUUUAAAGCUUUUAAGUUCAUUGACGGAGAAAAAACAGCUAUCCUUUUAUCUCCGUCUAUUUUCCGAUGUCUCAGUUUGAACGUCACGGCGUUUUUGAGUGACCUUCGGAGGGUUAAUCCGAGCGUCGUCGUUUUUGUAGAUAGUGAGGUGUGGAUGGAGUUGGGUACGACGUCGUUCCGGAAGAAUUUCGUGAGUGGUUUGGAGUUUUACGUCAUGAUGUUUGAGUCGUUGGACGCGGCGGUGGCGGGUGGGGAAUGGGUUAGGAAGAUAGAGACGUUGUUGUUGCGUCCGAGGAUAUUGGCGGCGGUGGAGGCUGCAGCGAGGAGGACCGCGCCGCCCUGGAGGGAGUUGUUUGUUGGGGCGGGAAUGAGGGCAAUGCAUUUGAGUCAGUUCGCGGAUUUUCAAGCUGAAUGUUUGUUAGGGAAAGUUCAUGUCAGGGGAUUCCACGUGGUGAAAAGACAGGCGGAGUUGGUGCUUUGCUGGCACGAGAGUGCCUUGGUUGCCACGUCAGCUUGGAGGUGUUAAGGCUUAACCUAGCUGGAUUUAGGAUUAUUAGGAGGAGGAGGAGAAGGAGGGGCGUGAUUGGGGAUAUCCCGAUCCAGUUUAAUUUGUCGCUGUGUUUGGGUUUAGUUUUACUAUUUUCUCUUUAGCUUUAGGUAAUUUGGUGUAGUUAUCAUGAAAGAUCUAGGGCUACCUUUAGCUUUAGGUUUCUUCAGAUGUAUCCAAAUAUAUAUAUGAGUCUUCAAACAAAACUUUGUACCAAAAACUCAUGUAUCCAUCCAA